AUGACGCCUUCAUUACUAAUUACGCUGACAUUCAUAUGUGCUAUGGCAAAUGCCUUCCCAAUACUCUUCCAGAGGAAAGAAUUGGAGAAACGUUUGGUGGUAACUAGGGUUCACACUGCACCAACGAAUACUGUCACAGAUUUUUACUCUACCACUACUAAAAUCGUUGUCGCUCCAACCGUGGAGUUCAUAAUAAGCAACGGGGUCACAUUUACCACUACUUUGAUUCCCGCUGGCGUGGAUCCUACUGCUCAACCUGCAGCUACGGUCACUUCCGUCAUCCAGAAUAAGCAAGGUAACAAUGCAGUUACUGCUGCCACUGAAGCUUCCUCUAACAGUGUUCUCUCGACCGGCAAUUCCCCUCUCGAGGGUGCAACCACACCUUCGACCACUUCCGCCACUGCUCCAAACGCUGCUGGCAACACUCCAAACGCUGCCACGACAACCUCUUCCGCUUCUGCUAACGCUGCACAACAGGCUGGUGAACCUCAAACUACUAGUGCUAGCCCUAACAAUGGUCAAGAUUCUGGUGCUACACAAACAUCCACCACCCCCGCAGCCACAUCAGAUGCAACAACAACCAAUUUAUUCACGACAACAACUUCUAACACUGCUGCCACAACUUCUAACACUGCAACUACAAGCUCUCAAGGCAACCAAAACUCCCCAACAACAAUGGCGGCUAUAGGUGAUGAUGUCGUUUCCGCCUCUGCCAUCAGCCAACCUCCAGCUCAGGCCCAUACCGCAGUUACCGUUGCCACUACGACAAGUGAAGCUACUUUGACGAGUGAACCAACGACUUCUACAAUCUCUACAACCUCUACAACCUCUUCCGCUUCUACUUCUACCAUUUCGAGUGCAACCUCUUCCGCUGCCAGUGCUACUGGAGUUCCAAAGGCCCUAACAUACUCCCCAUACAACUCAGACGGUACAUGCAGAUCCGCUUCUGAUGUCUACAAUGAUUUACAAAUCAUCAAAUCGAAAGGUGUUUCCCAAGUGCGUAUCUACGGUACUGACUGUAAUUCGAUCGAGACUGUUCAACCAGCAUGCUCUAAGCUAGGUAUUAAGAUCAACCAAGGUUUCUGGAUUGGCUCAUCUGGCGCUGAUUCUAUUGAUAGCAGCGUAGCAGCUCUUAUCGCAUAUGGACAGCAAUCUGGAUGGGAUGUCUUUGAAUAUAUUACCAUUGGUAACGAAGCCAUUAUUUCUGGCUACUGUUCGCCAAGCGAACUAAUCGGUAAGAUUCAAUCAGUGAAAACCCAAUUGAGAGCAGCUGGAUACAACGGUCAAGUGACCACCAGUGAACCUCCCGUUUCCUUCCAAAACCAUCCUGAGCUAUGUACCGAGGCGGCCAUUGAUAUGGUUGGUAUCAACCCUCACUCAUACUUCAACGCACAAAUUGACGCCUCCGAAGCUGGUUCAUUCGUUAAAGGCCAAUUGCAAUUAGUACAAAAGCUUUGUGGUACCUCAAAUGUCAUUAUCACUGAGACAGGUUACCCAUUCAGUGGUAGUUCUAAUGGUUUGAAUGUCCCAUCUUAUGAGAACCAGCAAAUUGCAAUCCAGUCGAUCUUGGAAGAACUAAACGGCGAAGUUACCAUUCUAUCAUAUUUUAAUGAUUUGUGGAAAAACCCCGGCCCUUACGGGAUUGAACAAUCUUUUGGCAUCCAGAGCUUUAUGCAAUAA